AUGUCCAGGAUAUUUGUGAAGAACCUCCCUAAAUAUGUUGCGGAGGAUCGACUUAGAGAAUUAUUUUCUCAGAAAGGAGAAAUAACUGAUGUCAAUCUGCGUACCAAAAACGGAAAAAGUCGCCAAUUUGCCUAUAUUGGCUUUCGCACAGACCAGGAAGCUCAGGAAGCCAUUCGAUUUUUUAAUAAAUCUUACCUUGACACGCUUAGAAUUACUUGUGAGGUGUCUCAGAAACCCAAUGAUGCAAAACUUCCUCCGCCGUGGAGUCGGCAUUCAGCAAAAAAGGAUAAUAAAGUGAUCACCCCAGAUGCAAAAAAUCUUGCUAGAGCUAAACGGCAAAAAUACAAUUCUAAGGACAUUGAUGACCCGAAGCUUCAAGAUUUUCUUCAGGUCACGCAGCCUCGUGCAAAGUCUAAGAUGUGGGAAAACGACACUACAGUUGUAUCCAAUGUUGGUAACGACCAAGCAACAUCGUGUAAAGAGAUAGAUGGUACAUCAAUUGCAAACCAUCCUAUCUUAAGUGACACACAAGUAGUUGGAUUACCAAAUAAUCCCAAAUCUGACAAGUCAUGCGAGCUUAUGACUGAUAUGGAUUAUUUCCAGAGUAGAGUUAUAACAGAGUGGUCUGAUUCUGUAAGCAGCGAGGAUGAAAACGACAAUGAUGAUGACAAAGAUAACCGCUGUCAUGGUAAUGGACAUGAAGAAGAUUGUGGUAAUAACCCUUGUGAAAGAAACCCAAGAAGUGGUGCUCAAGAGUUAGAUCUAGAGGGCCAAGAAGAUACUUUUGGAGAGGAUGUUGCCAACAAUAAGUUUCAAGUGAGUGCAACUGAGGAUAAGAAACAAGUUUCUGAGUCAUGUCGACUGUUUGUCCGAAAUCUGCCAUACACGACCACGGAGGAGGAACUGGAAGAGCAUUUCAGUCAGUUUGGUGGUGUCUCAGAGGUUCAUUUAGUUGUUGAUAAGGAAACAAAACGAUCCAAGGGAAUAGCUUAUAUUCAUUUCACAGUUCCAGAUUUUGCAGCCAGGGCGUUACAAGAGUCGGACAAUUCAAUCUUCCAGGGGAGAUUAUUACAUGUUAUGCCAGCUAUACCAAGACGUUCAAACAAUGAAGAGAACAAUGGUUCCAAGGACCAAGGAACAAAAACUCUCAAACAACGAAGAGAAGAAGAGAGGAAAGCAGCUGAAGCAAGUGGUGAUACCAGAGCAUGGAAUAGUCUGUUCAUGCGCCCUGAUACAAUUGUAGAAAAUGUUGCACGGAAAUAUGGUGUUAGUAAAAGUGAUUUACUGGAUCGAGAAGCUGAUGAUCUUGCUGUACGUAUUGCUCUGGGAGAAACGCAAGUGAUUUCAGAAACAAAAAAUGCAUUUAAAAAAGCUGGAGUGAAUGUGGAAGCUUUGGAGGAGCUUGCAAAGGGUAAAAUUGAUGGCAUUAAAAGAAGUAACCAUGUAAUUUUAGCCAAGAAUUUGCCCUAUGGUGCUACCGAAAAUGAACUUGCAAACAUGUUUGGACAAUUUGGUAAUUUGGAUAAAAUAAUUCUCCCCUCCACAAAAACAUUGGCCCUGGUUGUUUUCCUUGAACCAGCAGAAGCUAAAGCUGCUUUUAAAGGUUUAGCUUACAAGCGUUACAAGGACACUCUCUUAUACUUGGAGUGGGCUCCUUCCAAUGUUGUUAGCCCAAAAGAUAACGAGAUGAAUAGUGGAAUUGGUGAAAAGGAUGUCAAGCGACAGAUACUAGAGCAAGAUGUGGAAAGAAUAUCAGAUGUGGAGAUUGAUCCAGACAGAGUAGAGGCCCGGUCCAUGUUUGUCAAGAACCUAAGUUUCCAGACAACAGAUGAGGGUUUUAGGAAACAUUUCACUGAACACAUGAAAGAGGGAAAAAUUUUGAGUGUCAAGGUGAAGAAGCAUUUGAAAAAUGGGAAAAAUGUUUCUAUGGGGUUUGGGUUUGUUGAGUUUGACUCCACAGAGACUGCUACAAGUGUUUGCAGCGAUUUACAGGGGAGUGUUUUGGACAGUCAUGCUCUUAGUUUACAACUUUGUCAUGUCAAGAAUGAUGGUAAAGUAGGAAAAAGAGUUGAGAAAGACGAGAGUUCAACUAGGUUGCUUGUGAAAAAUGUUGCUUUUGAGGUAACAAAGAAGGAUCUGAGACAAUUGUUAAGUCCGUUUGGGCAGAUUAAAAGUUUAAAAUUGCCAAUGAAGAUUGGAAAGCAUAGAGGCUUUGCUUUUGUGGAGUAUGUUACUCAGCAGGAGGCACAGAAUGCUCUUACAGCUCUCUCUAGCACACACUUGUAUGGCAGACAUCUUGUGAUAGAGAGAGCGAAAGAAAAUAAAAGUUUGGAGGAACUGCGGGCUCAAACUGCUGCUCAAUUUAAUGCUAAUAACUUAUCCAAGAAAAGGAAAGCUAUGAGUACUUGA